ACAAAGAGAAAAAGUCUUCCUUUUCCAGGUUCGCUGAUCUACUUGAAUACUUUCUAAAAGGGGUCUUGAACUGUAUUCUGAACCCAGCCGAUUGCUGCCACUUCACUCUGGCUCUUAGGCAUGUUUGUGCCUCUCGGAAUAACGCUGGCGUGGACGCCCCUUUUGCCUGGCCUUCAGAGACUCGGUUGCUUUUUAAUGGCGGCAGCAGCUGCUGGGUGAGGAUUGGGAGCCUGGACAGCGUUCUUCUCGCCAGGAGAGGACCUCUUUCUCCUGGCGUUACCACCGCUGGACUGGUGGGGGUGCUUUUCCCUCUUGACCCCUCUACUCUUGAAAGAAGAUGCCACUGCCAUUUGGAUUGAAACUGAAACGCACCCGGCGCUACACGGUGUCUAGCAAGAGCUGCCUGGUUGCACGGAUCCAGCUGCUCAAUAACGAGUUUGUGGAGUUCACGCUGUCUGUGGAGAGCACUGGCCAGGAGAGCCUAGAGGCUGUGGCCCAAAGACUGGAGCUGCGGGAGGUCACUUACUUCAGCCUCUGGUACUACAACAAGCAACAUCAGCGCCGGUGGGUAGAUCUGGAGAAACCUCUGAAGAAGCAGCUGGAUAAAUACGCGCUGGAACCUACCAUCUAUUUUGGAGUUGUGUUUUAUGUGCCUUCAGUUUCACAACUGCAGCAGGAGAUUACCAGGUAUCAGUAUUAUCUGCAGCUGAAGAAAGAUAUCUUGGAAGGAAACAUUCCUUGUACAUUAGAACAAGCAAUUCAGCUAGCAGGCUUGGCCGUUCAAGCUGAUUUUGGUGACUUCGAUCAGUAUGAAUCCCAGGACUUUCUACAGAAAUUUGCCUUGUUUCCUGUGGGAUGGUUACAAGAUGAAAAAGUACUGGAAGAAGCAACCCAGAAAGUGGCCUUACUACAUCAGAAAUACAGGGGGCUCACAGCUCCUGAUGCUGAAAUGCUGUACAUGCAGGAGGUAGAGAGAAUGGAUGGCUAUGGAGAGGAGAGCUACCCUGCGAAGGAUAGCCAAGGAAGUGACAUCUCCAUAGGAGCAUGUCUUGAAGGCAUCUUUGUGAAACACAAGAAUGGAAGGCCUCCGGUGAUAUUUAGGUGGCAUGAUAUUGCUAACAUGUCCCACAACAAGUCCUUCUUUGCAUUAGAGCUGGCAAAUAAAGAGGAGACCAUCCAGUUUCAGACUGAAGACAUGGAAACAGCAAAAUAUGUGUGGAGACUCUGUGUUGCACGACACAAAUUUUACAGACUGAACCAGUGUAACCUGCAAACUCAGACUGUCAUAAUAAACCCAAUCAGGAGGAGGUCUUCUUCAAGGAUGUCUCUGCCUAAGCCCCAGCCCUACGUGAUGCCUCCCCCACCCCAGCUGCAUUAUAAUGGACAUUAUACAGAACCUUAUGCUUCAUCCCAAGAUAACCUCUUCAUGCCCAACCAGAAUGGAUACUACUGCCACUCUCAGACGAGUUUGGAUAGAGCCCAGAUGGAGCUCAGCGGUCGAAUCCGCAAUGGCAGUGUCUACAGUGCGCACAGCACCAACUCCCUGAAUAACCCUCAGCCCUACCUUCAGCCCUCCCCGAUGUCCUCCAACCCCAGCAUUUCCGGCAGCGACGUCAUGCGGCCUGACUAUGUCCCAUCCCACCGGCACAGCGCCCUGAUCCCCCCUUCUUACCGCCCGACCCCGGAUUACGAGACCGUGAUGAAGCAGCUCAACCGCGGGAUGGUGCAUGCGGACCGGCAGAGCCGCUCGCUGCAGAACCUGAGCAUCGGCAACUCCUACGCCUACAGCCGGCCCGACGCGCUGGUCUACAGCCAGCCUGAGAUCCGCGAGCACGCCCCCUUCGCGUCGCCCCAGUCUGCGCACUGCCCCUUCAGCCUGAAUUACAGCUUCCACAGCCAGUCCCCCUACCCCUACCCGGCCGAGCGGCGGCCAGUGGUGGGCGCCGUCAGCGUGCCUGAGCUGACCAACGUGCAGCUGCAGGCCCAGGACUACCCGGCCCCCAACAUCAUGAAGACGCAGGUGUACCGGCCACCCCCGCCCUACCCCUACCCGAGGCCGGCCAACAGCACCCCAGACCUGUCCCGCCACCUGUACAUCAGCAGCAGCAACCCGGACCUCAUCACCAGGCGCGUGCAUCACUCGGUGCAGACGUUCCAGGAGGACAGCCUGCCGGUGGCGCACUCUCUGCAGGAGGUCAGCGAGCCGCUCACAGCGGCCCGGCGUGCCCAGGUGCAGAAGAGGAACAGCCUGGAGCUGGCGGGGCUGACGCAUGGCUUCGAGGGCCUGCGGCUCAAGGAGCGGACCAUGUCGGCCUCGGCCGCAGAUGUGGCCCCGCGGGCACCCACGGCGGGCUCGCAGCCCAGUGGCUUCCUGGAAAGAACCAAAGCAGAAGAGGCCGAAGAGCAGGACAGCUUGCGAUAUGGUCACAAGAAGUCCCUGUCCGAUGCCACCAUGCUGAUCCACAGCAGCGAGGAGGAGGAGGAGCUGGAAGAGGAAAGCAGAGCCCUGGCCUCUCUGCCUGCACGGCCCCGGGAGUCCCGGCCGCUGGGCUGCACCUGUGCCUCGGUCCCCACCCUCGCUGGCCCGCUGCACAUUCUUGAGCCCAAGGCCCACGUCCCGGAGGCCGAGAGCAAGGUGAGGGACAGCAGCCCGGUCCAUGUUCCAGCAGAAGGCCAGCGGCCUCGGAGGGAUGGACUGCUGACGCCCUCCAUGUCGGAGUCUGACUUGACCACCUCGGGGAGGUACCGGGCCAGGAGGGAUUCCCUGAAGAAGAGGCCGGUGUCAGACCUGCUCUCUGCGAAGAAGAACAUCGUGGAAGGACUGCCGCCCUUAGGGGGAAUGAAAAAAACUCGAGUAGAUGCAAAAAAAAUUGGUCCUCUUAAAUUGGCUGCCCUAAACGGACUCUCCCUGUCUCGAUUGCCUCUGCCUGAUGAAGGAAAGGAAGUGCCCAGCAGAGCGACGAAUGACGAAAGGUGUAAAAUUCUGGAACAACGGUUAGAACAGGGAAUGGUAUUCACAGAAUAUGAAAGAAUUCUUAAGAAACGGCUAGUUGACGGGGAGUGCUCAAUAGCACGACUCCCUGAAAAUGCAGAAAGAAAUCGAUUCCAAGAUGUCCUUCCCUAUGACGAUGCUAGAGUGGAGUUGGUCCCAACUAAAGAAAACAACACUGGUUAUAUCAAUGCUUCGCAUAUUAAGGUCUCUGUCAGUGGGAUUGAAUGGGAUUAUAUUGCCACACAGGGACCAUUACAGAAUACCUGUCAGGAUUUUUGGCAGAUGGUAUGGGAACAGGGAGUUGCAAUUAUAGCAAUGGUGACAGCAGAAGAGGAAGGUGGCAGGGAGAAGAGCUUCAGGUAUUGGCCACGUCUUGGGUCCAGGCACAACACCGUCACCUAUGGAAGGUUUAAGAUCACAACCCGGUUUCGCACAGACUCUGGCUGCUAUGCCACCACAGGCUUGAAGAUGAAGCACCUUCUCACAGGCCAGGAGAGGACAGUUUGGCAUCUCCAGUACACGGAUUGGCCUGAGCACGGCUGUCCAGAAGACCUCAAAGGAUUUUUAUCAUACCUUGAAGAGAUCCAGUCUGUUCGACGCCAUACAAAUAGUACAAGUGAACCAAAAAGCCCCAACCCUCCAUUGCUGGUCCACUGCAGUGCUGGAGUAGGAAGAACUGGGGUCGUUAUUUUGUCGGAGAUCAUGAUUGCCUGUCUAGAACACAAUGAGGUGCUGGACAUCCCGAGAGUCCUGGCCAUGCUGCGUGCGCAGAGAAUGCUGCUGGUGCAGACGCUCUGCCAGUACACGUUUGUAUACGGAGUUCUCAUCCAGUUCCUGAAGAGCUCCAGGCUCAUCUGAGCUCCACAGCUUGUUUUGGGGACCUAAUCCUUGCAGCGUUUACAGCUGAAACGUGCUUGCCUCACUCAUACUUUCUCCUCUCCACUUGAUGCACACAGCGAUACAUCAGGACGUGAGCGGUGCGACGUGAAUGGUGGCGCACUGAAGGAAAUUGCAAAGCACAAGACCGAAGGGGGGUUUCUGACCUGGGAAAGAUGCUGAAGAAGGAUUUAACUUUCAGGGCAUUGCCUGCUCUGGUCUGUCGGAUUUGCAGUACUUGCACACGUUUUGGAGAUUGUAUUUUCUAGACAAUUCUCUAUUUUACCGAAGCUAUGCUGGGCAAUUCUGGCAAUCAUUAAGGCACAUAGAUUUCUAUCUUGGACUAGUUUUUGAUAAUGGAAAUUUUAUUUUAUGACUAAAAUAUUGAGGGGUUUUCUUAGCAAGGAACAGAACUUUCCAUGGGGAUAACCCACAGAUAAGAGUGGUUUGUGUAUAGCUUUGUAUUUAAAACCAUGUUAUUAUCUUUUGUUAUUUUUAAAAAUCCUUGGGUACUUAAUGGUUUAGCUACCAAACCCAAAAACUAUAAGGAAAAUCUAAAAGUGUUAUUUUGAAACAGAAAGCAUUUUUAUAUUCAGAAAAUUUUUUAUUCUAAAAGUCCUAUAUAUUUGUACCUCCUAUAUUUUCCAAAUAUGAGCUCAAUUCAUUAAGAUACAGAAAUGAGUCAAUUAAUUUGUAAAAUUGGGAACGAAGGCAUAUUAUUUAAAAUGUAAGAAAAUAAUCAGAUUCAGUAUCUUCUCAGUAUUAUUAAUAAACCUAAAUGAGUUUGAUUUUACUGGUUGAAAAUGAAGUGAAAAACAGUUGCUUAGGAUGGUUUUACGCACUUUUUUUGUUCAAAACAAUAAAUCGGAGUUUUAAUAUAUGUGUUGCUUUAUAGAUGAAACAAUAACAAUGGACAUUGUCUUAGAAGGGUUUCAUAAGAGAGGAGGGCUAAGGGUACGUAGGAUGACCAGGACGAGUAAGUGAAAUGUGAUGGAAAGUGCCAGAUGCUUUCGUCUUUGCAGAAAUGCAUUAUUACCUGUGCUCUGACUGAGGCGUGCGAUGGAAAAUGGGGCCGGGAACACCAGGCCGACCCACAGAGCUUUUCCUAGGGAACUCAAGGCCUGCACUAUCAAUGACUUGUUUUGUUCCCUUGGAGUUCUUCUAUCUUAAACCUGUAUUCGUUUUUAUCCCUCCAUAAAUAAAUCCAGGUUUAUCAUUAAAAGAAGCCUCAAAAUGGCUUUAUUUUCUUUUGGUUGAAAAAAAAGGGAAUAGUUAAUAACAGUUUCACCUCUUUUCCCAAAACCAUAGCCCAAUCUUGUGGGACCACCAGAGAUUGCUGUGUGGUAUUCAAGAGGUACUUGAAUUUUAGUUCCCUAAUCCCCUCGGUCAGUUUUGGUUACCUAGUCUCUCCCUCUCCCUUCCCAUUUAGGCACAUCCCAACCAAUGGACAGCACCAGGCUAAGUUAAAGGGGCUGAGUGUGGUCUUUGGCUUUAGGCUAAGAUGGCCUUGUCACAGUUGUUGAAAAAGUCAGGACUAAUUGGAGUAUUUAGCUGAGAAGCCUUUUCUGUUUCCCUACUCCUGAGGCUGAUUUCCUAUAAUGUCAAAUCUAGAACUACACAUCAUUCUGGUUUUCAUGUCACUCCUAAAGAGUCGCACUCAUUAUUGUGAGCACGAGAUGUGUGCUGUCAGCAGUGAGGCAGGGUGAGGUAG